CGUGAUCAAUCUUGAUGCCUGAUGGCUGCUAGAACUGCUUUCGCCUGCAUUCGCUCGCUACAGUUUACAUCAAGGUCGACAAGACGUCUUUCUCUUCUACAGAAACAUCUGGCAGCUGGUAGACAUUUUUCUGUUGAAGCAAUGGAUGAAGAAGUGAUUGUGGAGAGAUGUGGUAACGCUGCAGUUAUCACACUCAAUAGACCUAAAGCUUUGAAUGCACUGAAUAUGAACAUGAUCAAGAUCAUUUAUCCUCAGCUAAAGAUGAUGGAAAAUGAUCCAGAUGUGAAAGUUAUUAUUAUGAAGGGUGCGGGAGACAAAGCAUUUUGUGCAGGCGGAGACAUUCGAGCUGUUGCUGAUGGGAAGAAAUCGGGAAAUACAGUACCAUCUGAAUUCUUUAGAGAAGAGUAUAAACUCAACUAUGCUAUUGGAACACUGAAGACUCCAUAUGUUGCUCUCAUACAUGGAAUAACAAUGGGAGGGGGUGUUGGUUUGUCUGUUCAUGGCAUGUUUCGUGUUGCCACUGGCAAAACAGUCUUUGCGAUGCCUGAAACAGCAAUUGGAUUUUUUCCAGAUGUUGGAGGUGGACAUUUCUUGCCACGGUUGCAUGGAAGGUUGGGACUCUAUUUGGCUCUUACUGGUACACGACUAAGAGGUCGUGAUGUGCAAUUGGCAGGUGUUGCAACUCAUUAUGUUGAUGCUGACAAGAUUGGGGACUUAGAAUCACAGCUAAUGUCUGUAAGUUCAGACAAUGCAUUAGAAAUUGGCAAAAUACUGGAUGAUGUUCACCAAAAGAGCUCAUCAGAGGAAGCCGACUUCUCAUUGAAGAAGCGCUUGAAUCAGAUCAACAGAUGUUUUGAAUCAAAUUCACUAGAAGGCAUCAUGGAUGCUUUACACGCUGAUGGCAGUGAUUGGGCAAAGGAACAACUAGUCACGUUGAAUAAAAUGUCACCAACGUCUAUGAAGGUGACAAUAAGGGAGCUUGAAGAAGGUCGAAGACUUAACUUGAAAGAAGACCUAGAGAUGGAAUACAGAAUUAGUCAGCGAUUUAUGGAUGGAAAUGACUUCUUUGAGGGAGUUAGAGCAGUUCUUGUUGAUCGAGAUAAUUCACCCAAGUGGAAACCUUCUUCUAUAUCUGCUGUUACUCAAGAUGAAGUUGGUACUUACUUUCAAUCCCUUGGAGAUCAAGAUCUGAACCUGCAAUGAACUAAACUGCACAAAUGCUAGGCAUAUCUGUAAUACAGGAACUCGUUCAUAGCCUUUGUAUAUGCAGUUCAAGGACAGCUAAGUACCGUAGAGACAGAAACCUGUUUUUUCUACUGCA